AUGAUACGUUCUUCGGCUUUAAAAAAAGAGAAACAGCUCCGACUGGCUCGAAAUACUUCCAAAUCACGAAAAAUCAUUAACAUUGCUAGAAAAAAUACACGUGAACUACAAAAUUAUUUUAUUUCUAAUAAAAGUCAGUCAACUAGCAAUGAGAAAUUCACGUAUAAAACACGUACAUUUACUGAUCCAUCGUGUCAGAAACUAACAGAUUUUCUUAAACAAAAAGGUACAGAUUAUAAUAAUAAUACACAGGAUUAUUAUCAAAUAAUUCACAACUCAUUUUUGUUGCAACUAAUGAAACAAAAAGUCUGUGCUUCGUGCAAGUUAAUAUGGAAUGGUGAUAUGUCUGUUGCAAAGCGAGAAGGAUUAUAUUGCUCAUUGGUGUUUACAUGUUGCUGCUCUCAUGAGAUUAAAAUUAAUAUAUCUAAACAAUGUCUGAAUACUUCUAAAAGAGAUAUCAAUGUUAGGAGUGUAAUCGGUGCGAAUUUUGCCGGUAUUAGUCAUCAAGGCCUCGUCAAGCUCUGUGCUAUAUUGAACGUACCACUUCCCAUUGAUGAAGAUCAUUUUUCUGAUACCCUCGAUUAUUUACUUCCAACAUUUGAAUCAUACAAGCUUCGGUCAAUGAAAAAUGCUGUCGAAGAAGCUUGCAAGAAAUCAAAUGGACGUAAAAUUACUGUUAGUGGCGAUGAUACGAUGAAUAAUUUUAAUAUUUGCUACAAUGCAUUAUGUCGUGCAUUUGAUAAAGAAAAUGUGAUAGUAUCACCUGGUCUAGUCGAAAUUCUGAAGCCUCACAAUUCAGUGUAUUCAUCUGUGAUUCAUACGAAUACAAAUGAUGCUCAAGCGGAGUGCAGUACUUCAACAAGUAGCGAAGAUGCUAGUGGAGAUGAAUCCGACAGCUCAGAUAACAUCGAUUCGAGCAAUAUAAAUGAAGCAAAACCCAAGCGCCGUAAAAAAAAGACGAGGCUACUAACAAUAACAGCAAAUGCAAAUCUACUCAAUCUACCAUUAUCAGAAUUAGCACUGACAAUUAAACCAAAUCCACUCGACUUACCUCAUGAUCAAAAACAGUGA